GUAGUCAAGAACUUCUUUUUUAUUUCCAACUCGCCUCCUCUGUCACAAUCGCCUCAUUUUCCCACUUCUUCUUCCUUGAUAGCUUAUUACCACUUCUGCGAGUUCCAAGUUCUUCCUAAAGCAGUGUACCCAUUCAAUAACAUUACCGUCGCCAAGGAUGUCUCGCCUUACAAGGGCGUUGGCUUUGCAGCAGGAACAGAAUUCUCACCGGGAAUUCACGGCGAGGAACAAGGCUCCAUUGAAGUCCAAGGCCGCGCAGACUCUUACAUCGAAUUACGGAAAGACGCCGGGAACCUGAAUAUUAAGAGGUCUAUCACCAUCUUGUUGUAUGUGUAUCCCCUCGGUAGGGCAGGUCCUAUUGUUAACUACAAAAAAGAUGGACAUGGAGUUCAGAUUUACGAGGAUAGAUUUUCAGACAGGGCAUUGGCAACGCGUGUCAAUCGUCGCAAUCUUCGGCGAACAGCAGUUAUUAAGAAGACUGGAAUACUGACCCGAAAUGAAUGGCAUUAUGUCGGAAUGACCUAUGAUUACAGUAGCGGGUUGGUUAGCCUGUGGCACAACGACCAGGAAGUCUCAUCAGGAAACAUAGGAAGAACAGAGAUCGCUACACAGUUUGAUGUACGCAUCGGAGCUCGCCAGACAUCAACGGACGACUUUUUUAAAGGCAGGGUGGCAUGUCUGCAAUUUUACUCAACAGUGUUGACGCAGAGACAAAUCGAAAAGGCACGUAUAGCGUGCAAACCCUGUAAGUAAACAGUCACUAAUAAAAUUAAUUGUGCGGUUAUCAUUUUAGCUGGUCUAAUGCAGUUAACAACCCAACCCAACAUCCUUUCUCUCCAACGUGAUAAUCUUUAGCCAAAGGUUCAGAAACUCUGAGAUCACUCGUCCCUAAUUUCUCCUCCUUACCUUUUAAUGUACCUUGUUUUAACGUUUUCCACCCAGUCAUCCAUCAGCAGGUAUAUUAUACUUUCACAGGAAAUUUUAGCGAGUGAUCUCCAGCCCUCUGAGUAGCGUGGUUAGAACCUGUUUAGGUUUCACCAGUAAGGCAAAGUUUAGUUUCUGCAUGUAGGAAAACUUUAAUUGAUGCUGAUCGGGUUUCCAGCAACCAGCUCCUUUCAGAGCUCAGUUUAAAACAUACAUUGAUGUGUUUUUGAACUUUUUAACUCGCCGCAAAUAGAGACGAGGACGAGUAAAGGAUGGCAAAAAUAAACUCGGAAUACAAAUGAUGACCUAAAAAAUUCGCAUUUCUAAAGACGGACAAACCGUAAAGUAAAUCCUUAAAUAAGUUUGGCUUGUUUGAGAGCAGUUACUCAGUUCCUUCACACGAUUUAUCCAGUGAUCUUUUAUUAACUUCAUUUCAUAGUUGAACCCGUCAGCAGGAUUAAUAUGGUUAUACACCACAAAAGCAGGUACAUUGAAGUCAACGAAAACAUUUCAGUGGCAGUGCACAACGACAAGAACUCAAAGUUUAGCGAGUACGUAUACGAUCUAGGCGACGGAAGCCCGACGGUCACCUCCGAUCGAGAAGCAAUUCACCACCGUUAUUCAACGUAUGGAGAUUUUUCCGUGAAGGCCAUCAUAUUUAGCCGUUGCCGUAAUGAAACUUUAGUCGUCAGAGCAACUGUGACUGUUGAAAGACCUUUGGAGCUCCUGGGAAACCUGACCCUGUCUUAUGACCCUGUAUCAUUCCCCUCCGUGUUUAUUGCAGUUCUGAGUUUAAAUCGAGGCACUGAUUUCAAAUGUAAUUGGAACUUCGGUGAUGGUCACCUGGCUGAGACAGACUUUGCGCAUCAUGGGUUGAUGCACAAGAUGAAUUACCAGUUUAACUCAGCAGGAACGUAUACACUUAACGUCAGUUGUGUCAACAGGCUUAGCACAGCAAAUGUUUCCUCGCUAGUAUUUGUGCAAGUUCCCAUCACAGGUCUCGUUAUUGACAAAAUUACUCCUAAAACCUACCUCAGCGAGUUCCUUGUCACGUGGCGAGUACAAACUGGCAGCGAUAUCCACUACACAGCUAGAUUUGAAAAUAAGGAGCUUAAGAUAUUCAAAGGUCAGAAUGAUUCACGCGGAUGGGCUUGGAUACGACGUCAAGAUCACGUGAGUGUAGGUCUCUUUGACGUCAUUGUAACAGCGACCAAUAAAGUAAGCGCAGUUUUACAGGCUUCAGAAACGAUUCGCAUUGAAACAGAAGUACAACCCUUUGUGCCAGUUAUAUACCAUUCAGAUCGAGACAUCGAAGUUAACGAGACUGUUGUCCUAUCUAUGACAAAAACUAACGAGGAAAAUGCGGCCAAUCCUUACUAUCUUAUCGACUUAGGAGAUGGAAGAAAUCCAUUGAACACAAGAGGGAUAAUGACAAACAUCAGCUAUCCAGUCUACGGGGACUUCUUGGUGACAAUUAAUGCCUCUAACAACGUAUCUUUCUUCAUUGCGAAUAUUUUGAUCAAGAUUCACAAACCAGUGCUGUUGGUAGAAGAUUUGUCCUUGACCACUGAACCGACAAUCUUCUUACAAACUACAGUGAUAAGUGCGCACAUUCCAAGAGCCUCCGAUGUUAUCUGUAGCGCUUCAUUUAAUGAAAUUCCUAAUUACAGCAAGGAGUUCGACCUCCGCGCGCAGUCCGCCUGGGAUCCUGUCAAGGAUCCAAUGAAUAUGAACGUGCCUGAUGUCCAGUUUUUUAUAAAGCGCAAUUAUACAAAAGUAGGAGUUUAUAAAGUGACUGUCACUUGUAGAAACCGUCUUAGUGAAAAGACUGCAACAAUUGCUGUUACUGUCCAGAGACCAAUCAUUGGUGCUCGACUCAUUCCCAUUAAACCUAUUAUAUUUGGAAAACCGAUCAAUAUUAGCUUCGGUUUUACUUCGGGGACCAACGCCUCUUUCGCAAUAGACUUCAACGAGCAUAGAUUCCGUCGGAACAUGACAGGUCUCUCAGCAUUUCAUAUCUUAGAUGAAGAUGUUUACAAAUUCCCAGGGAUACACGAGUACACUGUGGCCGUGUGGAACCUGGUGACGUCUCCGAUUUGGAUUCAAGGGCACGUUAUUGUCGAGAUUCCCAUACAUAGUCUGACAGUGUACAUCAUGGGAAAUCCACGUGAUAUAGAAGUGAACGAGAGCGUGUCCAUAGUUACGAGUCUCAAAAAUGGUAGUAACCCAGAAUUUAAGUUUGACUUCAAUGAUGGAGGUGAGCUGAUGGUCACUCGAAGACAUCUUGUUGAUUACAAGUUUAAUCCUCAUUCUCAUUAUGUGGUUAAUGUCACUGCGCGAAACAAUGUAAGCGAAGAAUUUGCGCUGCUAAAGGUAAAGGUUGUCAAGCCGGUACUCGUUCUCCGAGGUCUCUCACUCCGUACCGCGCCAACUGCUGUGAAUGACUCAACUAAAAUCGUCCUUUAUUUGCGGGAGGGCUCAGAUUUUUUCUGUACAUGGCAGUUUGGAGAUGGAUCAAGUCUGAAUUCUAGUUACCACCAUCUUAGCUUUUAUGCCGAUGGGAAGACAGCGGAAACAGAAGCCUUUCAAAACCUUAAAUUUUACGUUGAACAUAGAUUCUCAUCUGCAGGUAUCUUUGUUGUCACAACCCGUUGUCAAAAUCGCUUGAGUUCCGAAGUCGCAUCGGCGGAGGUCGUGAUUCAAACCCUCGUCGAGGGCUUGAAUAUUCCAGUAAUUCCCGCACAAAGUAUUGGUCGAGAAUUUCGAGUUUUCUGGAGCAUAUCAUCAGGAACAAAUGCUACGUUUCAAAUCAGUUUUAAGGGAGGAAAGAUCACUUCUAUUCACACUUCAGAAUUAGAAGGUCACGCUCGUGUGGUGGUCAAUAUUCCUGGUGAAUAUUUCAUUCAGGUAACGGCCCAUAACUUAGUAAGCCCAAUACAAAACAGAUCAGCGGUCAUCUUAGCAGAACUUGCUGUCACAAAUAUCAUCGUCAACGUUACAUUUGCAUCACGUGAGUUAGAAAUUGAACAAAACGCGACCUUCACCGUUCAGUUAGGUGCUGGAACAAGCCCAAUGUUUUUGUUCGACUUUGGAGACGGCAAUAAAGUUAAGAAUACUUUGGGAAAGAUCUCACACGCCUACGCCUACAAAGAUAUUUAUCUGACACAACCGAACUUCACCUACCAAGUUUAUGUGUCAGCCUAUAAUAACGUGUCUUCAGUCUCUACCAUAAUAAAUGUCACCGUGCAUAGACCAGUUCUUCAACUACAUAACAUGAAGCUGUCGACGUUGCCUUCAAACGUGUCUGAAAACGCGAGAAUCGUGCUUUCAAUCGAUCAAGGCUCGGAUUAUUUCUGUGAUUGUGAUUUCGGAGAUGGAAGAGCGCUACACCGGCUAAACAUCCCAAAAAAAGUGUAUCUGGGCUCAGUCCGAACACCAGUUAAGAACUUUAACAAUCACAGUUAUCGAAUAAGUCAUGUCUACCAAAAAUCUGGAAAAUACCAUUUGCUUGUGGAAUGUAAAAACCGGCUUAGUUAUGAAAGGGAUACCCAGGAAAUUACUAUACAAGAGCCGAUAAAAGAUCUCAAAAUUUCUAACUUGCACCCUCGACAGUUUAACGAAACUUUUGUUAUUUCAUGGCAAACAACCAAUGGCACCGAUGUAAACUUUCGGAUUCUUUUUGGCAAUGUAAUUUCUAAGGAGUUGGGUGGGAAUCGAAACGUCACCAUUAAACCUGCAGAAUAUAAAGCUGCGGGUGUAUUUCAAGUAGUGGUUGAAGCAUGGAACUUCGUCUCCAGGGCUGUUGCUAAAACAGCGCUGAUAAUCCAACAUCCGGUACAUAUUGAAGAUGCAUAUGCUAGGUUACCCCAACAAGGCGGUUCACAUGGUGGGCAAGGUUUUCAUAGCAAUAACUUUCCAGCUUGCCGCAACGUCACAUUCCAAGUUUUCGCGCUAGGAACUGACUUAUCGUAUCAAUGGCAGAUCGAUAAUGAAAAAGGGAAAUUCGGACCAAAGAUGCGCAUUCAGCACAGUUUUCGCCGUGUAGGAAUUCAUACUGUGAUGGUUGUGGUAAGGAACUUGGUGAGGGAGGCGCAUGCGAACAUCAGUGUAAUGAUUCACUACGCCAUAGAGGAUCCUAUCUUGCAAAUCAACAGCCCUCAGAAAAUUAAUCAACCAAUUUUAUUUUACAUAAGCGCUAAGCAGCUCGGCACAAAUUCUUGCUUCUUUGUCGAUUUCGGAGACGGGACACGUUCCUUGUUUGGACAUCCCGGAUGCAAAGCAAGAAACUCAACGUCCAGCUUUAUUGUCAAAUCAGCCGUUGAAAGCGUUAAGUUUGAUCAUGUCUACAAUCAGGUGGGACAAUAUGUUGUUGCCUUAAACGCUUCAAACGAGGUAUCCUUUGUUCGUGUUUUUAAAGAUGUCGAAGUUGUCUUUGCAUCUUGUGCAAGUCCUUAUGUCAAGAUUGAAAAUCUUGGUGAAACUUCAAAUACCGCCCCAACAUCACUCAGAUCGGAUCCCUUCGUUGUCCGUACUCUGAUUCACCUUGACUGCGAGAGAUCCAACAAAGUAAAAUUUAGCUGGAGGCUACUGUUGCUUGACGAAAACGGAGUUCAAAGCAAACACAAAGGAAAUAUUAUUCUGAAUGAAAGAGAACUAAACAUUCCCAGGAAAACGUUGCAAUACGGAGUGUAUGAAGUUCAGUUCACAGCGCAAAUGGCGAUACCUGAAACAGACAAAUUUCGCGGCACAACUAUUGGUUACUUAAAAAUUGUUCCAUCGCCCCUCAUAGCAAAGAUUGACGGCGGUAAUUUGAUCAGUCGAGGAUUUGGGAAAAAGAUAAAGAUCGAUGCAUCACCAUCGAAAGACCCGGAUGUUGAAAAUGUACAAGACUCAGGUAAGGGCAGCAACUUUUACCCAUCCCAAGGGCUGGGCCAAAAUGGAUUAACCCCGCCUCAAAACUGCUGAGCAAACCGAUACAAAUUCCCUAGAGAAUAAAUUUUACCGUACGUUGGCCUGAUCUAGGCUUGAACUUCCCUUGCCAAUGACACUACUGAAGGAAAAGUUGUUAAUUGUUCUGUAGCAUGACAAUUGUUGCGGAUUUUGCGAAUAGCCCUUGAUCGGCAAAAAUUAGUUUUAUGCAAAAUAAAAAGCCGAAAAAAAUUAACUAUCUGCUGCAACGUUCUUAAAUCGAGGCCUUGAAUGAUUCUUUAUGUACAUUCCUUGUAAUAAGGACCAUUUAUCUGUAAUAAGGAUCAUUGCUCCUUCAGUUUGCAUGUUGUGUGCCCUUGUCUAACAAACUAACCCCUUGGCAGGCUUGAGUUACACGUGGCUAUGCAGGAGCAUUUACACGCAGUUCCCACAAAAUCUUUAUUCAAAUUUAAAUCUGCGCACCCCAUACGACACCACCGGUCAAACGUCAACACCUGGGAAAAUGUACUCAAAGGGUUGCUAUGGAGAUGGAGAGUUUGUUUUGGCUGGCAGGGAUAGUUGGCUGACUCUGGACACGUCGCAGAUGAUGGAAGAUGAAACAUACGUGGUGUUUGUGGUCAUAAGGAAAGGAGGAAGGACAGCCCAUCAGUACCAAGUGGUGGAAGUCAUCCAAGGAGAUCCUCCUGUGUCAAAAUUAGAGUAAGUGAAAUCAUAUUGUUUGACUCUAACGUUUCCCAAACAUUUCUACAUAACGUGGUUUAAAAGUAGUGGCCACUCUGCAAUUGGUAUCUUUUUCAUGCACGAAACCUUAAGUUAAGAAGGUCCUAAAUCGGAUAAAGAUCACAAACGAGACCUGCUAGGUUGGUAAACACUUCAGGUAUGAGUCUUUUCACAAGACUUAUGGACCCCUGCUAAGGUUACCAGGUAGCAUGGAGACUCCAAAUAUAAUUCAAUUAAACCAGUGAUAGCGUUAUAGGUUAACGACAAUUAUUUCGUCUCAGUAGACAAGCAUGACUAUUUGGAAUAACAUGAGUAGCGCUGACAAAUGUUCCCUUGAAUCAUUACUUCAUCCAACUGAGUGCUGCGUGACCACAUUUUAGAAGUAUUUUUAUCCCUUUGGUCAAUUUAACAACUGAAAUAUUGUUUUUCAACAGGUGUAAGCAGAACUGUGGAGAGAAAAUCUGUCCGUCCAAACGAUUUUCCCUGGUUGGCAUCUGUUUUGAGGGUUGUAUUGGACGCCUGAUCUACGAAUGGCGAGUCUACAAAAACGUUGGCAACGACUCCAUCAAGUCCUGGGAACUGCAACAAGAUAUCGCGCAAAGCUUGGCCGAGGUGAAGGAUACCACAGGUCCCAUUUUCACGCUGCCUAAAGACAUUCUCCAUGGGGGCAGCGAGUACCUCAUUCGCCUUUACGGCCGCCGUGCGAGGGGAGUCAACGGCAAGACAGAGAGUGUGUACGUAACGAAUGAAGUUCCUCAGGGAGGGGCCUGUUUCGGUUGGCCUCCGAGCGGUGAUGCACUGGUAACAAAUUUCCAUAUUUGGUGCGAAGGCUGGAAAGAUCCCGACAUGCCCCUGAGCUAUCAAUUUUAUUACAAAAAUGAUGAAGGAAAACUAGUUCUGUUUUACUUUGGUCAUAAUAAUUUUACAUACUCUGAACUACCUCUGGGAAAUCCCACGCAGAAUUACACGCUGGAAAUAAUCGCCAAAGUAUUGGACUUCUACAAAGGAGAGGCCAAAUACUCUCUCCUUUUGCAGGCAAGAAUUUAAUAUGACUAUUAUCAGUUACUUUGUCGCGCUAAUGUCAGUUGUCCUUUCAAAGGCUUUGUUUUUGUGUACCAGUCUUUCUCGUAUUUUCGACCACUGUUUCUAAUUCUGGAGGUCAACAAUAAUUAUCAUCCUUCUCCAUCCUGGUUACAACUGAUUCAGGAAUGAUGCUUAUAAUAAUUAUACUAAAUACCAUAAUAAUACACUCUGAAGAAAAUUCUCUUCUGCUGUGUAUUAAUCGAGAGGUUUUUCUUCAGUCUGUAGAACCCAAGAUAGAAGGAGACCAACUUGAUAAUAUGCUUGCUAACAUGACAUCAGGUGAAAACAGUCAGUUAAGCAACCUGGUGAACGUAGGUGAUAGCCAAGCCGCUCUAAGGAUGGUUGGAGCCAUCAAUUCACUUCUGAACGCGCAGAGCACAAAAACACCAUCCGGUAAUGACAGCGAAAGAGAGGGUGCCAGGAAAGAAAAGAGAAAAGAGGUAAACUGUUUAAAGAUGAUAAAAUUUGUCGCGCGUCUGGUACAAAGAAAAAUCCGUGUACCCCUAAAUUGCACUGCGAUCGGAUACUGUACCAGUGAGCAACAGAGAACUUGUUGGCGAGGAAAGUUUUUACGAGGUUAAAAUGUAAAAGGUCGAAGGUAAAUAUUUAUUUUAUAUCAAGACAUAGAAGACAACCCAGAGGACUCGAUAUUUGAAACAUCUGUAUCGGACUGACUCGGGCUCGUAGGGCUUAGUGAUUGGUUGAUGCAAAUAUACCUAAAAUGUCCAGCAUAUACCUGUUCAACAGCUGACAAGUUUAAAAUGGGCUAAAUGUUGUAAUAUUCGCUGGCAACAUCAAUGAUGGUUUGAGAAUGAGCUGUAUCACCUACUCGUGUAGCUAAUAAAACGGUUUUAUAGACUAGAGUUUUAUCUAAAUUAAUGCGAGCACCACGAGGGUUAGGGUAAGCUGAAUCACGACAUCACCCGCGACGAAUCUAAGAAUCUUUUUCGAAGGACCGAAAAGAGCAAGUGAAUAGCGGAACAGUCUUAUCAAAAAAGAGAGCGUCGCAUUUUUUAUGGCGAAAGCGAGAAAAUACAGCUAAGGAUAGUUUAUUCCUGUCCAAUUUGUUUGUGUUUAAACUAGAGAACGACCUUAUCAUGAACAUUUGAGUAAGGAGCUGAUUCACUCAGUGUUGAAUUGUCAGGUUCGGACAUCAGUAAUCAAAGCGGCGGCGUCCCUUCCUGUGACGUCAUUAGAGGGCCUGCAACAAUCUGCUGACACGAUAGCUAGUGCCUCCAUGUUCACCGAUGAAACAUCAACAACAGCUAUGGUAUAUUGCUACCUUGAGAUCUUAUUCAUUGAUUUAGAAAAUAAUUCUUAAUUGUGUGUCUUAAAACUAACCACUAAAAGAAAAGUAUUUGAGCUGUUCGGAAUGCGCGAGAUUCAAAACUUGUUAAGAAUAAACUGUACGAGGUUAAAAGUCAAAAGUAGACCAUUAAGCAAAGAGACCUCAAAUCAAAAGUCACGUCCGUUUAAGUUUUACGUCUGAAUGGCUAAGAUGAGGGCGAGAGGCUUUCUGUAAAAUUACUCAGAGGAUAUAUUUUAGCAAUUAUUAAACAUUCCAAGAUUAUUAUCCAGUGGUAUCCAUUUCCAGACGAUAUGCAAUACUGUAAAACGAUUUAGGCGUAUCGGGGGUGUCUUAAACAGCCUUUUUUUGUAUUCUGUUGCUUUUUUCUGCGAUCGUCAAAUGAAGAGUCUAAUACUUUAACCUAAUGUUAUCUCAAACAAAUCGAAAGAUAUUUCAACAAUUUACGACAUUUUAUGACUUACGUUGAGUCGUGCAAAACAAACCAUAACCUAGUCAUACGUACACGAAAAAUUUGCGUGGAAUGGCUCGUUACCCAAAUGUGUUUUUUACUUUACUUCAUAGAAUGCUUCAACAGAAGCUUUUGAGAGAAUGUCAGCCCUGUUAAAGAGUAGUUCCGAUGACUUUGCUGGUUACGACGCAGUAGUUAGCAGUGCCGAGUCCCUCUUGUCUGGAAUGGGACAAGUUCUUAAUGCCGCCGGGAGCUCCGUAGCUAUUAAGCCCAAAAAGAUGAAUGCUACGAAAGCCCCUCCAACAUGUGGGCCUUACGAUUUUGACUGUAGCGAAGUAGAUGAUGAAUUCUCUAGAAAUUCUACGGAUGAAGAAGAUGUAGAACUUGACGAAGAAUCUGCCAAGGUUAGUUUUAUACAUCAGAUAUGCAAAAUUGUUUUGGGUAGAGUUGGUCGCACAUUGUGAUCUUACAGGUUAGGAACAUACUGGAAAUACUGAGGAAUUCGUAAAAAAAUCCACAGAACACUCCAAUGCGAAGCUUCACUUAAUGUUUUUAACACGAUCACACAACUUGCAGUUCCCAAGACGGGCAAUUUGAAAACAUUUCUUCUCUCUGUCUGACACAGAGCCGCGAUGCAGCUAACGCUAUCGUGGGAAUGCUUGGAACAGUUAGUGGCUCUGUCCUGGAGAACAAACUCCCAGGUGAACAACCAAGUGUUAUUUCAACUGCUAAGCUCAACAUGGCGGUAGAAAGGGCUGACCCAGACUCCCCAAACGAAUCUUCUAUCGGUGACGGAGCAUCAGGCUUCAAGAUGCCUCCUUUAGGAAAGCUGUUUGGCAAAGCAGGCUCAGACCUUGAUGGCCCUGUAGACAAAGAGGUAGGUUUUUGUUACAUCAAGAGGAGAUCAAAAUAGGAGACUGAGUUUUCAAUUUAGGCCUUUUUCCUAAUGUAAUCCUUGUUAGUACCUAUAAAAUGUUGAAGAUUAUAAUUUAUGGGAUUCCUGUGGUUUUGCUCUACAACGCUCUGUGAUUGGUUUGAAAACUCCACCAGUCUCUGAACUAACCAGAGUCUAAAGUAAAACCAAUCCGCACAAAUUGGUCUCUUUCGUUUCCCGUUUCCUUGGCAGUUUGCCUUUUUUUUUCUUUCAGGUCUAAUUUGCUGAUGAUGAUAGUAACCCUUGUUUUUAUUGACCAUUGAGAUAAAUUUGGUUUUUGGUUUUUCGGAUCUCCAUUAGACACUGCUUUGAGAUCAUUUCAGUUAACGAAGACUCUGGGUAAAUGUUAAAAAAGGGCGAGCCCUAUUUCAUUACUUUGCCAAAUCUUCUGGAGAUGGAAGGGGGGGGGGGCAGUCUUGACUAGCAUCCCAUCCGAGGAAGAAGAAGCAAUGCACCUAGUCACGUCACGAUACAACCUCCGCAGUUAUGCGACUAAGUGUCAUACGUAGAAAGGGCGCAUGUUUAUAAAUAAGGUUAGUGACCCCUACGUAUUAUUUGCUUAUGUGUAGAUGGCUGCUGUUAACGAGAACCCAUACACUUGGGACAAAGGAUCUUCGAGUAUCACCGGAAAGGUCGUCAGUCUUUCUUUCAAUAGCAAAGGUAAAAAGUUAAGUGUCUCCAACCUGGACGAAGAUGACCCAAUAGACGUUUUUAUUCCAAGAGAUUCUCCCGUCAGUCCUCCGGAAAAAUUUAUUUACAACUGUUCUGUGCACCGAGGAAGGCGUACGCAUAAGCUGUUGGUUGACAAAAAUGGCACUGCCGUCAAUGUGGAGGUUCGUUUAGUCGGCUCAAGUCGGCAGUUUGUGGUUUAUGUCAGGCGCGGGAAAGCCCCGACAACUACAGAGUUCGACUGGAGAGCAGUUUCUCCCAACAUAACCGAAGAAGAACGAUUGAGUCCUAAUGUUACAGAAGAAAGUACAAACUCUACAGACCAAGAUUCUACCUCUUUCAGUACAUCAUUAAAUUCAACUUUAAAUGAGACAAACACUCUACAAAUAAAUCUCACUAAACUGGAACACGCCAGAGAUAAUCUUCACGACUCCAAUGUUACAUUAUUUCUAUCUCAAAAGAGACUUUACAUGGGUACAUAUUUCGUUAGCAUCUAUUUUUCGCCACCGUCUUCGUUGGAUGGACAACACGACCCAGCUGAAUGCAAAGGCAAUGAUUUGAGCAUUACUUACACGCUGAGAACAUUUAAAUCCAAAUGUUUAUAUUGGAACGAGGAAUUUCAAAAGUGGAAGAGCGAUGGCUGUGAGGUAAUAUGAAUUUAGUGGAUGUGAAUUUUGAUAUAGGGUACUGUAGGGGAAGUAAGAUAACAAAAAUGGAGUACAUUAAAGAUAAAAUUCGCUACACCACAUUCCUAAUUUGGACCCACAGUAUCUUCAAUUGAGCUCUGAUAAUAAUUCGAGAAUCACUUUCAAAAACGAGUACGAAAGGAAUGACCGAGGUACAUCUGAUUGUACGUCAAGUGGCAGUGUGUGUUUGUUUUUUUCUUUGUUUGUUUUUGUUUUUAGCGAGAGCUCCUCAUGAGCACAUUAAUUAGGGCAGAUGUGAGCUAUCCAUUUCUUAACCUAGAAUUAAAAAUUCAGUUUUAAUUAAAAUCUCCUCCCUCUAUUUGAACCCAGAGAUAUGAUAAAUAACUUUCUAGCCUCCUUUUUCUUGUUUCGCACUAUAAGCUACGGAACCUCGCUUUGAAAGCCCGCGCACCUCGCCACAAAUAAGAGCUGGAAAAAGUCAGUUCGUAAUUUAAAAUACGGACCUCGAACUCGGUUAGUAUUAACGAGGUAUAUAUAUUUUUAGUUAAUGUAAUUUAUCUUCAGAUUUCAUUGCUAAAUUAAAAUGACAUUUUUUAUGUGUUUUUUAGGUUGGUAACUUGACAAGUGUCACACGCACCCAUUGCCGUUGCACGCAUUUGACAGCAUUUGGUUCAAUGAUGGACGUCGCCCCAAAUCCAAUUGAUUACAGCGCCGUAUUGGCUGGAUUCAGUUCAAUGUUCGAAACAGGGAACGUAGUAGUGUUUUUCUUUAUCCUCGUUAUGUUUCUCCUGUAUGCUCUUGCGUUGGUGUGGGCCAGGAGAGCCGACAAGAGGGACAUGGAACAGGUACUGCGGGUUUGAUAAGUCAAUUAUUGUUACACAGUCGAGGAAAUAAAUCAUACGCACUUCAAAGUUCAUACCAUCACAAUAAGCUUUUAAAUUAACCAACAACACAGUAAUAGUUUGAAACAAUUUCCAAGCAAUUCGAAUGAAGACGAGUGAGAAAGUCAUGGCCAAAAAGACGUUGACCAGCCAUUUGACAGUAAUGUGGCACUUUGUGUGUGAAAUACGGACACUUCACUCUGGGGUUGAGUGUCACUCAGCUUUUGGAAACGUCAGUCUUUAUCAUCGUUGGUAGUCUUUUUCAGAACUAAUCUCAUUCAGACGAUGCAACGAUCUGCAGAAAUCAAAUGAUUUUCCAAAUGCCUCGAGACCCAAUUAUCUAAUUGAGUAUAUAGCUUAUAGACAGUUUUGUGUACAGCUAUGUUGUCUAGUGCUAUGCUCUAUGGGCAAAAUGUAUCUGUAGACAAUGGCAGCAGCUUAAUCCCGGGGCCCAUUGAGGUGAACUUAGUAUCGAUUAUGAUUGGUAUACAGUGUAGCCUCGUUAUCAUUCCAGUUGAUGUUGUUAUAGUUACCAUUUUUAAGAGUGUGAAACCCAAAGGAACUGACAAGACUGGUGAGGAAACAGAGAGGGACAGUUCUCAUUAGACGUAUCGCCAUCCCGCCUACUUGUUAACUUGUUCAUUAAAUACCAAUAGGUUUGGAACUUGGUUAAAAAGGUAAAUCUGUUUCAUUUUUGUCAUUAGGUUGGGGCAACGCCUAUUCCCAGCAACGUAUAUAAUGCCACAUAUCAUUAUGAGCUUACGUUUUUCACUGGUCAGCGGGGUGGUGCAGGUACAACAGCCCAGGUGUCGUGUUUGUUGUAUGGCGAGGGUGGCGAUAGUGGAAUCUGCAUUCUGAAGGACGAAAAUCGUCCUACUUUCCAAAAAGGUAGCGCCAACUCAUUUGUAAUCUCUGUUGCAAAGUCUUUGGGUCCAAUAACGUUCUUGAGAGUGUGGCACGACAAUCACGGGUUGUCACCUGCCUGGUUUUUGAAACGGGUCCUGGUGCGAGACAUCCAAUCAGGAGCGAUAACGAUAUUGAUCUGUGAACGAUGGUUCGCGCUGGAUGAGGGUGACGGCGAGAUCACGCGCGACUUAACUCCCGCAGGGGAAAAAGAUCUCACUUCGUUUUCAAGACUUUUUAAUAGUAAACUAUACAAAGACUUUACGGAUGCUCAUUUGUGGUUCUCUGUCAUUCUAAAGCCAUCUAGGAGUAAGUUCACUCGAUCUCAGCGCGCGUCGUGUUGUCUUUGCCUUCUGUGUACGGCUAUGGUGUCUAGUGCUAUGUUCUAUGGGCAAAAUGUAUCCGGGGACAAUGGCGGCAGCCUAGUCCUGGGGCCUAUUGAGGUGAACUUAGUAUCGAUUAUGAUUGGUAUACAGUGCAGCCUCGUUAUCGUUCCAGUUAAUGCUGCUAUAGUUACCAUUUUUAAGAGUGUGAAACCCAAAGGAACUGAAAAGACUGGUGAGGAAACGGAGGAACAGUCCUCAUCCUCAUCAGAUGAAACAAUUUGUGUCUCAGAAGUAGAAAUUUCCGACAUAGACGAAACAAAGACAGGAAUUGAAAAGGAAACUCCACCGAAUAAAGAAAUUCAUCUGAAUGGUAUUGAUUCCUCCGAAGAUGGUUAUGGCAGUGCUGAUAAUGAAGACCUCGUCGUAGUAAAUAAAACAGGGGAAAAUUCAAGCGGUAAAAUGGAUUUCUUUCGAAACAGACGAGAUGGAGGGCACAAAUAUGUUGUCCAAACAAACAGCCUUGACUCACAAAGGUAAGUUAGAAACAUUUCCCGGACACCACAUGCUCAAUGUCGGCCCAGGUGAGUAUCAUCUAGAGGGAAGAGGAGGGUAUAGAAAUGGUAGUUGCGCUAGCUGACGCUCUUCAUUAUCGUGUUUAGCUCUAAGCCCUUUCGCAUUCUGACCCAGUUGAAACUGAUUUUGCUCGAUAGGCCAAAAAUUAGGGAAACCCGAUCUUGCUGUGAAUAGUUUGCAGAAAGGGAACAGUAGAUGGUUCUCUUUUUGGAAUUUCUUUCCUCGAUAAUUUAAACAUCCAACGCAUUAUACACUUCAAACUAAAAGAUAUUUAUGAUUAAUUUACAGCUCUGACUUUCUCGACGAAACGUCCGAAAACUCAGUAAAUGAAAAAAAGGGCACAACAAAAUGGUGGUGUUGCAGAAAACGAACCGAAGACAUCGAAGACGGCGACAGUAAGGAAAAGAGUGAAGAACAGGACGAGAAAAAAAAGAAAAAAUCCGAUGGCUUCCUUCCACAUUGGUGUUUAUAUAUAGCAUGGACUCUGUGCAUCAUGGCGUCUUUUACAUCAGCUUUGUACACCUUAUUUUACAGCAUGAUGUGGGGACGGGAUAAAUCAAACCAGUGGUUUAUUUCAAUGAUCCUGACGUUCGCUCAAGACACUCUCAUUAACCAGCCAGCAAAGGUUUUGUUCUUAUCAAUGGUGUAUGCCAUCUUCAUAAGGAAGAGUGACGAGGAAACAGAUGCCGAACAAGGAGUUGAAGACCCGCGAAAAGGUAAUACUUUUGAAUACUAAACGUUUCUGAAGAAGUAUACUUUUAAGCUGCGUUUAUAAGUGCUACCAAGGUUUCCUCGGCGAGUGCUCUUGUUAAGAAAACCUUGUUCGUUAUAUUUCGUUACAAAGAAAAAAUGACUGAGUAAAAACUGCGGUAGUGAAAAUUCCGAGGCAAAUGUCCUUUUUAGGCGACCUAUACUUGUAAAGUUUGUUCUUAACUGAUUUUUCCCUUAGAAGUUUCUUUGUUCAAUCAUACUUUAUGUAGGCAAGAAGAAAUAUCAGGGAAAAUCUUAAUAAAUUUUUUUAUCCAACGGCAAGAAAAACUUGGGGAAAACUUUCCAUUGUAGAUGCGACUCUCAUGUCUUGUUUACUGAGAUAAACCAUCGAAUUUAAGGUGUCACAUCGGAGAAGUCGGUUGGGAUUCUGACAAGUCAAAGGAAAUGUCCUGAAACAUUUAACGGAAAACAAUUGAUCGGUUUGGAUAGGCCAUUGUUACGCGACAUAAGGGCCAGAGAGAAAGGUUACCAACCAUUGUUUGAUAUCAGGAGCCUUAGAACAUAUUUCACCGCUUUAAAGAAGCAUUAAUUUUUUUAUGUCCUGCCACCUUCACUAAUGGGUUGCCUACUGUCUUGGUAACAGAUGAUGACAUGCCAGAAACACUCUGCAAGUACAGAUUCGAGUUACAAAGAGAGACGGAGUGGGAAAACUGCAGCCUUUUUCAUUCUUAAUUUAUUGUGAUAAGCUUGAUCUGCAGUAGAAAAUGCCUUAGUACUAACUGAAAAAUAAUUCAUUGAACGCAUCUGCGAUUUGUUGAAACACAGGGCAAGAUGAAGAGUGGCUUCAUGGCGACACUUUGGACAACGAAGACAGAGAAAAGGAACUGCUACGAUACAAACCUCCUGACGAAAGCAAAUUAAACGCCUUGCGAGAAACCAGGGUUAGAGAAAAGCAAUUAAAAGACAAGUUUAUCAAGCUGGGAGAUUACACUUUUGUCGUUCUUGUCCUGGUAUUGCUCAGUUAUGGCAACAGGGACCCACAGUCGUUCAUGAUGAGAAACUCGAUGGAAAAGGAAUUUAUACAUCCUCUUACAGCAUCUUACCCCCAAGGAAUUACAGAUGUAAGUCUUAUUUAACAAUUAUAAUCGACCACGGUCAAGUCUCUCCUAAUUUUCAGUUGUCAGAAUCAAAUUUAGAUUCUUAAAUUUCUCAUGUAGAAAGGAAGAUGUGGGUCAGAGGCCUGACAUAGAGGCAGCUUGACUGGCAAUCGACAGAAAUCAAUGGCGCUCUUUCGCCGGGGCCUUUUGUGUGUAGACGCACGUAAAGGAGUGACUAACCAACUAACAUUCCUGUGUGCGAAAUGAUCAGUACGAAACACUGACCCCUCAUGACUUAAGUCAUUCCUGUUCUUGUAUUUACCAAUUUCAACAAAGGUUUUUGAAAGCUUCCCUUAUUUUACAAAACCGGUUUGGCAACUUUUCUGCUCACGAAAUCCACCUUGUAAUAGUAGCUUCUUAGUAACCGAGAGUGAAGGAAAAACUUAAACUUAGGCUGCGACUGAGAUUUUAGAUUUAAGACUGGAGGGUCAGGUUGAUAAGUUCAGUACUCAUAACUGAAGAAGGGGUAAUAGAGCAAUUGGAGAAGGGAGAGCGGCUGGAAGAAACUGAAGAGAUCUCUCCUUGACUUUUGGCUUCUCAUCUCGUACUAGCCCUUCGUUUUCUAGUCACAAAAAUCGAAAUGACGUAAGGUUCGUGUUCGUCCUUAGGUGAACAAUUUGCAGCUAUUUAUGACAUGGACAGAGCAAAGCUUAAUUCCUUAUUUGUACGAACAUGACUGGUAUAAUGGAGAAAAGGUAACGAACAGAACUGGAUACACUUCAGGAAGACAGUCCAGACGACUUGGACGGAUUCGAUUGCGUCAAGUUCGCGUCGAGAACGGUAAAGUUUCUUGAUUGAUUCUCAAAAAACCAAAACCAAGGUAAACACAACGACCAAUCAGAACAAAAGCAAAUUUUAGAAUUAAUUAGAACUCUGUUAGCUAUCGGCAUCAAGUGCAGGAAAACAUGAAAAAAUUGGUAGCAAUCUUAUCUUUGUCUGCAUGUGACUAGCCAGGAAGAAGACGCGGACGCGAAAUAAUUACAGAAUUAAGUACCAUAGGAAUCAUGGAUAAUUUUUAAACUAUCAAAUUGGAAAUUCUCUGUCAAUUGAACACUUUAAAAUCAUACUCGGCAGAUAUAAUGGAGGAGUCUAGGCGUUGCUCGUUAUGUCUGCUCGUUUACUAAACAUUUUAUCGUCCCGAAUAUCAUAUUUUUCCACCAGUAAAGCGAGUUUCAAGUUUUGUUUCACUUUGCAAAGUUUCACUUUUGUUCCAAUAAGUAAGACUUGACAACCUUAUUCGUUUCAGAAAGUAUUUCAACGUUACUCAGUUAAAUAACCGCACUAAAGAUGUUAAGCAAAUGGAAUCCACUCCAAUGUAGCAUACAUUUGCAUUUGUGUUACUAUUUUCUGCUUCUCGUGUGAAACACCUCUAUAUCACUAAUCAUCUUAGGAAUGGUUAAUCAUGUCACCUUCCAUAUAAAAUGCAGGUAGCUGUUCUGUGACAAAAGUGUUGAGAGAAGUUAUCCACGAGUGCAAUCCUCCUUUUGAUGAAAAGCAUGAAGAUACCCGGAUGUUCAGCCCCGAAUGGCGCGCUGGAUAUCAACCGGCAGAGGACACUCCGCUGUUCAAAAGAAGUGCAUCGGGGCAACUUUCUCCAUGGGCUUACUUGGACCCCACGGAAUCAAAUUCUUCAUUCACAUUCUACGGUAGAAUAGCGUUUUACCCUGGUGGUGGUUACGUGGCGGAGUUUGGCGAUUCCUUGGAGGAAACAGCCGCCUUCGUGAAGUAUCUCAAGUCGACCCAUUGGAUUGACAAGUACACCAGAGCUGUCUUUAUCGAAGGAGCAAUAUACAACCCUAACACGAACCUCAUUGGAGUCAUAGAGACUGGUGUGGAAGUAACGUCUGGAAAUGCUUUUUUACCGCGAGUUGAUUUCAAAAUCUUCAGGCUAUUUGCCCGGCUGGAUCCUUCGUACGCCUUUAACUCAGCUUGUGAGUUGUUGUUCUUCGUGAUUAUCCUUUACACUCUGUACACGAUUAUCAAAGGUAUCUAUCAGCGGAGGAAGGAGUACUUCUAUGAAACAGUAAGUCAGCUGGACAUUAUCCUCUUUGUGGAUGGUGUUGCUAUCGUAGUUGUGUAUGUUGUUCGAGAGAGCAAACUCAAAAGUGCCGUGGCUACCCUUAAAAGUGAUCAAGAAUGGUUCAUGGACUUCUCUGAGUGUGCCUCUUACAACGAGACACUCGUCAUCUUGUACGCGUUUGCAGACUUCGUCGCCAUACUAAAGUUCAUUCAUUUCUUAAGCUUCACGCGCGUUGUUCAACUUUUAUCAACCACUAUCGCAAAAUCUGUAGUUGAGCUACAGUCCUUCGCCGUCAUGCUGUUUGCCAUAUACAUGGCGUACUCUUCAAUGGCAUUCACAGUCUUCGCGCCUUACGUGGAAGACUACAGGUCUUUCUCUGCAACCCUUGCCUCUUUGUCAUGUCUUGUGAUGGGAGUUUUUGAUCAUACUGAUUUUACUUCCCAGUCUGAUUACAAAACUGUGGGUUAUUUUUUCUUCACGACUUUUUCUGCCAGCAUGAUUUUUAUAUUUACAAACGUUGUUAUAACGAUCAUCAGUGUUGUGCACCAAGAUGUCUGCACCGACGAGGAGCUUAAGAAAAACCAAGAUUCUUUUUUUAACAUUAUUUUGGACAGAGUACUGAUUUUCACUGGGCUCAAAGGACCACCAGUCCGAGAGGAACCAGAAAUUGAAGAACCUACUAUAUCCGAAAUACAAUGGAAUUCAAAUGUAAACUAUAUAGAGAACAGUCAAUUGAAGCGGUUCAAAGGAUUAAUAAAAUCUAUUUAUGAUUACGAUGAAAUAGAGAAUAUAUCACUGAUCAGAGCGUAUACGUGCACGUGGGAAAGAAAAACGAUACGUGAUUCUGGUUACCAAGGAGACACAUCAAGAUCAAAUGCUGCUGACCAAAGCAACGAUGACGAGCACGGGUGCACAAAUGAUACGAAAAGUCUAGAUCAAAGAGAGUCUGUUGCGAAAGAUGAGCAACAAUUGGAAAGUCCAUCAUCUAUGGAAGAAAAAAAUAGUCCAGCCGAAACUUUGACUAAGUUGAUCGCCAAAAAAACUGAAGAACUGAGAAGACUGGAGGAGCAAGGAGUUUGUGAUGAAAAAGAGAGAUUACGUUGCGUUAGAGUGAUUGAGUGCUUUCAGGACUUGUUGAAGAAAUCCGUGGGAGACGAGGACUCUGCUAAAAUGUUUCUAAGCCAUGAAGAGGAAUUUGAAGUCUAA